UCGCCGGUUCGAGCAACGCUUAAAAUCAGUCAGUAUUUGUCUCGCCACUUGAAAAUGUGGUGCCUCAAGAUCCUCGCCUUGGCCCUUGUGGCCGUAGCCGGUUACGCUGAUGCGGACAGCAAAGUUGUUUGUUAUUACAACAACAGAUCUUUCUUUAGGGAAGGACAGGGAAAAUUCGACAUCCCUUUCUUGGAACCAGCUCUUCAGUUCUGCACCCAUUUGAUUUACGGUUUCGCGGGCAUAAACGAAGUUAACCACAAGCUUGUGCCGUUGAACGAAAAUUUCGAUAUCACCAAAGCCAAUUACUUGCACAUUACCGAGCUGAAACGCAGAUACCCUGGACUUAGGGUGUUGCUGUCUGUCGGUGGUGGCCAGGAUGUCUCUGGGGACGGCGACGAGAAGAAUCUCAAGUACAGGACUAUCUUGGAAGCCGUUGAGAAUCGUUUGUCCUUUAUCAACGCAGCCAGAGACCUUAUCAAGCACUAUAACUUUGAUGGCUUGGACCUCGCCUGGGAAUUCCCCGAGAAUAAGCCCAAGAAAAUCAGAGGAAAGAUCUCUUCGUUCUUCUCCGGACUGAAGAAGAAAAUAGUCGGCGAAUCUGUAAUUGAUGAGAAGGCGGAGGAACACAAAGAACAAUUCACCGCCUUGGUACGCGAAAUCCGUAACAACUUCAGACACGACGGCCUCCUUCUGACUUUGUCCGUACUUCCCAACGUCAACAGUUCCGUCUAUUACGAUCCCCGUCAACUGGCUCCAAACCUAGACUUCGUCUCGAUUCAAGCCUUCGACUUCUACACCCCGGAACGCAACCCCAAAGAGGCCGACUAUCCGGCACCAUUGUACGACCUGAUCGACCGCAAGGUGGACGAAAACGGCGACUAUCAAAUCAGAUACUGGUUGAGCCACGGCUGUCCCAACAGCAAACUGCUCAUGGGUAUCCCGACCUUCGGACGUGCCUGGAAGCUGACCGAGGAUUCCGGAUUGACCGGAGUGCCGCCCCUACCCAUCGACGGACCGGCCGAGGAGGGUCCGUACACCAAAGAGCCCGGACUUUUGAGCUACCCGGAGAUUUGCGCUAAGCUGGCCAAUCCGCAGAAGCUGGCCGUUCAGUCCGGCACGCAUUUGAGGAAGGUUAACGAUCCGACCAAAAGAUACGAGAAUUGGACAGUUAGCGAUGUUUCAAACAGAUAUGGAACCUACGCCUACAGACUUCCCGACAAGAACGAAGAAGGUGGAGUUUGGGUAGGCUUUGAUGAUCCAGACACAGCAGGAAACAAAGCUGCUUACGCCAAAGCCAAAGGCUUGGGUGGCAUUGCCAUUUUCGACAUAACUUUAGAUGACUUCCGUGGUCUUUGCACCGGCGACAAAUACCCAAUUCUGAGGGCUGCUAAAUACCGAUUGUAAACUAUUUUAUUUGAUGUGAAUAUUUUGUUUUUGUAUUUAUGUUUUUAUUUAAUAAAGAAUUAUAAAUUAUA